AGCUCUUGAAAUUGUUCGAAUAAUUCGAUUAUUCGAAUAUUCGAACGUUCGAAUGGCAAUUGUUUGUACGAUUGGAAAUCGAAUGUUACUAUUCGAAUAGUUGAUUCUCUUCGAUUAUUCGAAUAGUCGCAAAGCUACGAUUAUUCGAAUAACUUCUUAAAAUCGAAUAUUCGAUCGUUGUAAUAAGUGUUAUUUGUCAAAAAAAAAAAAAAGAAUUUAUAAAUUUUGUGUGUUUUUGUGAACAUGAGUGCAAGAAAACAAAGUUGGGUGUGGAGUUUUUUUACGAAGUGCAGUGAUGGUAAGCAAGUUACUUGCUCCAUUUGUGGAGCAGUCCUUAGUUUCCACUACUCCACUUCCUCGCUAAGCACUCACUUGAAACAAGUCCAUAAGAAGGAACCGAUUCGUGGUGGUGGCAUGUAAGUACAAAUAAAGAAAAAUAUAAGUUAUAAGUAAAAUAUAGAGCACAAGCUUGUUACACAUAUGUAGAACACCGGACACGAAUAUCGAUGCAACAAGUGGUGAAUGCGUUGAAACGCAGGCGAGCACCUCGGGUGGCCGUAAGAGAAAAAAGCACGACACCGUUCAUGACUGCACAUUUGAACGUCAGGAAUUGAUAUCUCGUGGAGUGGCACGCCUAAUCGCAAGUAACAUGUUACCAAUCUCCUUCCUUUCCUCUGAAGGCUUUCGCGACUUUAUGAAGUUAUUGGAACCAGGAUACAAAGUUCCCUCUCAACAAAGUAUACUCUCACGCUUACAAUUGUUUUAUAAUGACGUAAGAGAAAAAAUUGCAAACGAUUUGGCGGAGGUAGAAAGCGCAUCAAUUUCAGUGGACGAAUGGACAUCAAGAACUCAAGAUUGUUAUUUAUCAGUCGAAGCCCAGUAUAUUGACAAAAAUAGUGAAUUGUGCAAAGUUACACUUUGUAACGAGCAACUAGAAGACCGACCAAAUGCUGAAAACAUUGCAUCCGCAAUAGAAGUAGUUUUAGCCGAUUGGAACAUUUCCGACAAAACGCAAGCGAUAACGCACGACAGUGCAUCAGUCAUGAAUGCAGCAGCGCAACAACUUUUUAAUAUAGGGGACAGCAUCAAGUGCAGCGCUCACCUUUUGCAGCUUGUGACGCAUUAGCAGCUGUACCUGAUUACGAUAAAAUUUGCAAAAAAGGACGAAAUUUAACAGCACAUUUUCAUCGCUCAAAUAUUGCCAUAACUGCACUAGUAAACCGCCAAGUACAGUUGGGGAUAAAGGAAAAUCGACUCAUACAAUGCUGCGAAACACGUUGGAACUCCAAAUAUUACAUGUGUGAGAGGCUGCUUUUGAAUCGAAAUGCAAUCUGCCUAGUUUUAUCAGAUAAAACCGUUACAAAAACUUGCGAUGCGCUGAGGCUAGAAAUGCAAGAGAAGGAGUGGGGUGAAAUGCAGAACUUGGUUGACAUUUUGAAACCUUUUGAUAAAGCGACUGCAGUGCUAUGUGGUGGCAAAAAUGUGACAUUGUCUUUAGUGCGACCUUUAAUACACCGUCUUAUUAAAAACCACAUGGCCGCAUCGUCGGAAGACGAUGCAAAUAAAUAUAUAUUCAAAGAAACUGCACAUAAUUCCCUUUUUGAAAGGUUCAAUAUGGGUUGUGUUUUAGAAAAAGUUUCAGCUCCAAUAAUUUCCUAAUUUUUAGACCCCAGAUAUAAGAACCUUAAUGAUGAAGAUUCGCAAACAAAACACAAGGUUUAUGACUUUAUCAGAAGCCAACUUCAAGUAAGCAAUGUCAUUAACCAAGAAACAGACAGCGUAGUACAUACCGACUUGGAUUUUUUGUUUGAUGGUGAAAUCCCAACAAAUAAUUUUAUGUCACAAAUCGACUCUUAUUUGGCUGAACCUCAGAUCGGCCACAACAUUCAUCCCCUAACAUGGUGGAAAAAUCACCGUGCUAUUUAUCCGGAACUUUUCAAAUUAACCGCAAGAUAUUUGUGCAUACCAGCUACAUCGGCAGAGUCCGAACGCACUUUUUCAAUUGCUGGGAAUAUUGUCACGCCACGUAGAAGUUGUUUGUCACCGCAAAAUGUUAGCCUUCUUACAUUCCUGUAUAAUAAUAAGCGUUUCUUCACAGAUAUGUGUCCAUUUUAAUAACUUAAUUAUUCCUCUUAGAAGGUAAAAUGCAUUUUAUGUGAUUUUUUAACCUGUUCAUUUAUAUUGUUGCUGAAUAAUUACAAAAUUGUCUCAAAACAAACUUAUGUUCCUACAU